AGCUGCACCCAGCGAAGGUAGCAAAAGCACAGUCUCUGCCAGAAGAGGACAAGCGCACACUCCACGCAGAGAGACUCACGCAGGACCGUCACACACACAACGCACAACACCGCCUUCCUGGGAUAUGAACCCGCUCGUCCUCACCUGUCUGCUGUGCUUAGUCGUAUGCGGUGCUCUGGGGACGCAGGGGUCUGAGGCCAUAUUUUCCAGUGAGCUAGUCAGAGCGACGGGGGGUCCGGCCUCCGGCGAGGGCCUCCUGGGCUCGGCGAGCUACGAUGAGGGCGUAGAGGAGGACGUCUCAGGAGGGGACCACGAAAACUCCAACCUCCACGAGUCCAGUAAACAUGAGAGGAAGAGCAGGAAGGGCAAAGGCAGGAGGAGGAACAGGAACAGGGCCAAAAGCACCACCCCUUUAAACCCCGAGCACACGGUCUUCACCAGCGGAUACACGUCCCCCCUCAGCACCACCGAGGACCCCUGCACCACCACCCACCUGGGCUUCUGCAUCCACGGCUUCUGCAAGCGCAUCGAGAGCCUGCGGGAGCCGGUGUGCAUAUGCAUGAAGGGCUACGACGGCGAGCGCUGCGGCAUCCAGACUCUGGAGGCCAAGAAGGCGUCGGAGGCGGCGCCCCGGAGCGGCGCCGAGCUGCUGCAGAUGGUGCUGGUGAUCGUCGCCGUGGUGCUGUCGGUCAUCAGCUGCACGGCCAUCCUGCUCAUGACCUGCGCCCAUUACAGGUCACAUAAAACCUUGAUGGCGUCCUACCUGGGAAGCGCAGCGGAGCAGGAGAAGCUACAGAAACCUGCUGGUGACGUGGUGGUGUGAUAGUUUAGGGUUACAAACAGAUGAAGCGGAGCAGAGCAUCCUGAGGAACCGGCUGCUUCAUUAGAUGCUGUGUAACAAACACUGUCCAGGACAUGUUAGAAUGUAAUUUAUUUAGCGUGACUAUUUAUUGCUAACCACUGUAUGAGUGUUGCGUUGUUGUCGUUAUAUUGUGUGCGAAUGCUGAGCAUUCAGUAGGUUUGGUUUUAUUUAUUACACUGCUGUUGUUAUAGGUCAGAGAACAUGCGCUUCAUCUCGCUCUGGAAAAGGGAUGGAAUUCAAUCACCAAUAAAGUGUCUCAGUGUUAAGUGA